AUGACGCCCGCGCGUCAGCCGGAGCAGCAACGUCUAGACGACAUGUACAUAGAUGACAUUCGUCAUUGCUUACUCCUGGUACUGCAGGGUGCCGCCGUCGACGCUGGAUUCGUGCCCAACGAUCUGCAGAUUGGACAGACGGGCAAAAUCGUGGCUCCGGACCUAUACAUUGCCGUUGGCAUUUCUGGUGCCAUCCAGCAUUUGGCCGGCAUGAAGGACUCGAAGACCAUUGUGGCCAUCAACAAGGAUCCCGAGGCACCCAUCUUCCAGGUGGCCGACAUCGGCAUCGUUGCGGAUCUCUUCAAGGCCGUGCCCGAGCUGACGGGCAAGUUGUAACCGCGCCACGUGUUGUAGCAUAAAUACCCGAUCAGAUUCUAUGAUCAAGAAUUGAGAAAUGUUUGUUGCAUUUAUUGAAUUUUAAUGUUAGUCCGCAGAAGCUUCGUCUCCCCCUUCCCUCUCCAUUUGUAUAAUAAUAAACGAUUGUAAGUUCUA